CCCCCUCUUCGGGGUUCGAUGGAAAGCAUAAUGAACGCUCCAAGUCUACUUUCAGUGAUUGGUAAAUAUUUGUUGGUGAGUUAGUCGACGGUAAAAAAGUCGAUCAGGAUGCGGUGUGAUUUGUUUUUUAUUGUAUUGGCUGUGGCUGGUGGAACGCUUGCCCAACAACCGAAGGGUAACCAGGAGGACCCAUGCAAACUGAAAUCCAGAGUUGUGGGUGAUGAGGUAUACUGUGACAGAUACUGGGAAUGCGUCAAUGGUCAACCUGAACUCUACGACUGCCCCAACGGUCUGGUGUUCGCAGGUAAAAACAGGGGUGUAACUGAAGGCUGCGACUACCCUUGGAGGUCGAACUACUGCGAUAACAAACAGCAAGCAAAUCCCCCAAUAGGUACAGAGCAUUGCGAUUGGUUGUAUGGAAUCUUUGGACACGAGACUUCAUGUACCAGAUAUUGGACUUGCUGGAAUGGUACCGCCACAGAGCAGCUUUGCAUCGGUGGAUUGCUCUACAACGAGAAGUCUCAUUCUUGCGAUUGGCCUGACAAUGUAGAAGGCUGCCAGAAGCAUCCAUUAUGUAACGAAGACCCUAACGGAAAUGUAGCUCUUGGUAAAUCGUGCAACAGGUAUUGGCAGUGCCAGGGUGGUUACCCACGUCUUCAGAGAUGUCCAGCGAUGUUGGUCUUUGAUCGUAGAUCGCUGAGGUGCGUGGUACCCCCAACGGAAGACUGUGACGUUCCAAGUACCAUACCUCCGCCUCUUGUAGAAGAUGAAGACGAAAACAUUCCACAGAAUAAUCCCAAGUUCGCCAACUUACCCCCUGGCGCCAUAGCAGUUCCGAGCAAAUCGAGAAACUGAGAAAAAUCGACUGCACUAGAGACAGUAGAAGCCUUUCGAUAUCUCCGAGAAAAUAGUCUUGAUGAACCAAAAAUUCAGCCAAUCAUUGAUUAAACAUUAUCGACUUUUUGUUAUUUUAUGUUGAGCUGUAGUCUUACCGAGGAAAUUGUGAAAAUAAACCACAAGUUUCAAACAUAGAAGAUCUUCCGAAGAAAAAUUUCGAUUUCGUACAGAUACUCUGUGCACAUCAUAGACUGCAGGUUAACCUAAAACACUUCUUCACGGAAAUUUCAUUCAACGUCACCAACGCACUGAACUAAAUAGAAGCAUCAGCACCAAUAAUUUAUUCUUGAACGUUCAUAGGACAAAUUAGUAUUUUUUUUAGAUAUAAAUUACUUAUACCUUGUAUUUUAUUCUUCUUUUCACUGUUGUAUAUUUUCUUGUGCCAGUAUGUUAACUUGUUGUUUGUCCCUUCGAAUGGAAUUCGGAAUUAUAUGUCACAAUCUUCAUUCAUAGGUUUUAAGUUUUAUGUAAAAUAAAUUACUACGAUAAAAA